AGACGGUGAUGGGGAUGCAGUCCUGACAGUUUCACAGAAAAUGCUUGCUGCACCUUUAAUUUAAUUUCCACCAGUGAUGGUUAUAAAUGAUAUUAACCACAUGCUGUUUUUACAAUAGUUCAGGUUUCACAUCCUUUACUGCUGUUGUCACUCCAGUUUACUGAUUAAUUUUAUUUAAUUUUUAUAUAGACAUCAAGCUAAGAUGCUGCAUCUAUUCAAGAGGAAAGGAAGAAAAAAAAAGAGAGAAGUUCUUAUCCCAGUUGAAGAGUCAUCCGCUGAUUUCUCAGGUUAUGAAGUAUCUGGAAGUGGCUGUGUCAAAAUUGGAUCAAUGACGCUUAACAUUCCAUCACCUUGGAUUAUGGUGGGUCGAUAUAAGAUGUCAGUUAUACAAAUGUAUAAUAUGGAGAGAUCGAGAACCUUCUUUUCUGGUGAUCACCGGUCAGAAGCAGCCUUGUAUACUGAACCUGUGAUCAUUCAAAGAGACGAGCUUCCUUUCCCUCCAGUAACUGAAGUUUGUGUUGAUCACUUCUUUGGAGAUUUACUUAAUCCAUUAGCUGUUAUUCUCCAGGGAAGCUCUGGGAGCGGCAAAUCAUCCAUAGCACAAAAAAUCAUGUUAGACUGGGCAUCUGGAAAAUAUCCAGAAAAAUUUAAUCUUGUUUUUUAUUUGAAGUGUGAAAAGCUGAUGUGUUUCUCUGAAGAGAUGAGUUUGAUUGAUCUCUUGAGCUGGAGUUGCAGUUUAACUUCAAAUGAGAUCUCAGAGAUGUUACAGGAGUCAAAAGUGCUCUUCAUUAUUGAUGGAUUUGAGGAGCUUAGAUUCACACAAGACAUUUUUUACACCCCGCCACCCACUGAUUUACACCAGAAAGUACCACCUGAAGUCUCUGUUUGUGCACUGCUGAAGGGACAAAUCCUGCCUGACUCUUUCCUGCUGGUCACCACCAGAUCUUCAGCUACACAGAGUCUGAACAAUUUAAUUAACAGACCUCAAUGUUUCACAAAUACAAUUGUUGGCUUUUCUAAAAAGAAGAUAGAGGAGUAUUUCCAGAAGUUUUUUCAGGAUGAGGUACUCUUCAGGAAAGCUUAUGAGUCUGUUGGGUCAAAUGAAACCAUGUUGACUGCCUGCUCCAUUCCUGUUAUCUGCUGGGUCAUCUGCACAGUUAUCAGAGAAAGAUUCAAUGAUGGUGCAGAUAUAACAACAGAUCUGGAAACAACCACAUCCAUAUAUGUUGAGUUUGUGUCCACUUUACUGGAGCAUCAUGGUCAGGGUUUGAAUGAGUCUGUCCCAAACCUACUGAGGAGUCUUGGUCAACUGGCAGAGAGAGGGAUGCUGGAACAACAAGUUCUGUUUGAUGAGAAAAACAUCCAAGAAACAGUCCAAGAUCCAGUUAACAAUCCAUUCUUGAACAAAUUCCUAUUGGAAAGAAGAAUCAAGCAAGAGACAAUGUUCAGAUUCAUACAUCUCAGCUUUCAGAAGUUAUUCACUGCUCUGUACUUUGUCUUAUUGGAUGAAGAUGAGUCUCAGAAGAAAGUCAGAGAACUUCUUCACACUGUAGAGAGAGGAUGGGCUUUGUCCUCUUGGUCUGCUGCUGAGUUUUCAAACAGAGAUUCAGAAAUAAGAAAAUCAAAUCAGUUACAGUCUGUGAUUUUGUUCCUCUGUGGUCUCUGUAAGAAUGAAACGAUCGACUCAUUCUUUAAAAAGCACAAUGUGACUGUUAGUAUCAACAUAGAAACCCAGCUGAAGGAAUGGAUCCAUCAGUGUUCACUGAGAUAUCAACAUGAAAACAUGAUGUUCAUUCUUCAUUGUCUCUAUGAGCUUCAUGAGAGGAGCUUCAUUGGGAAAGUUUUGGGAGAUUUGGUUCUGAUCGAUCUGUCCAACAUUUCCCUACACAAGACAGACUGCUGGGUGCUGCGGUUUUGUUUUCAGUGCUGUGAACGCAUCAGAAACCUGAGACUCAAUGUUACAUCUGAUCAUCUGAAGAUACUUCAGCCUGCAUUGUGUAGUUGUGAAGAGCUGAGGUUGAUAUUUGAUCACAUUUUAGAUGAUGUUGGGGAUUUCAUCUUGGCUCUUGGAGACCGAAAGCUUAUGAAUCAGCUGAUGAUAAAAGUGGAUAAAAACAAGAACAGAAGCUGUCCAGAGAUCAUUGGAUCAGUUAAAGACGGUGUCGUCACAUUGUCCGUUAGCUGCUCCAAAAUCUCAAUUUUUAGACCAAUACCCUUAGAUUUAACUCUGAUUUGUCCUCGUCCAGUGAUUUGCACAAUAAACUGGAGAGACAUUCUGCAGACGUUCAUGAGAUGUACAAAAGAACCUGAAGGUUCUGAUAAAGAGGUUGUUGCUCUGUUACAAGUCCUGCGCUCUUCAUCUGGUUUAAAGAAAAUUCAUCUGCAGGUGGACAUCUUGAGUGACACACUGGUCCACACAAUCAUUUCCCUUAUCCAGACCUGUCCCAGUCUCAGAGAAUUUGGGAUAAAAGCCAUAUUGACAUUACAACAGGAGGUAAUCCAGACCCUACAGGAAUCAUUAACGGACAUGGAUUGGAUGCUCAACAUCUGGAGGAAAUCUUUGUUGCUAACGCGUGACAAAGAUUCAACAGAGGAGGAACUGAAGACAGAAUACAUGGAAGAGGCUCUGGUGUCUGUGUCUUCCUCAACAUUACAAGCACCUGGACCAACGACCUCCAUGUUCACACCUGAACUCACUGAUAGAGAUGAAGUCAAAGGAGAAAAUACACACAGGUUUUUUUCUCCACAUGGUGGUCAGUUUCAGUGCAGUUUGACCAAACUUGUGUUUGUAAUGGAGGGCAAAGGAGAGAUGUUGUAUAAAAUUGUACCCUGGGAUCCACGGCUAUUAGAUGGUUUGGGUCAGAUGCAGCCUGCAGGUCCCUUGUACAACAUUGACUGUUUUGAAGGUUCAAUCUCACAACUGCAUCUCCCACACUGUGAAAUUUUUUCAGGGGAGAAUAAAGUCAGUUUGGCUGUAGCACACAUCACUGGUGAUAAUGUAGAAGUGUUGCAGCCACUCAAAGUGAGCAGCACUCAUGUGAUUAUUAAUAUCACAGAGUUUUCUCUGUUUGGACUCAUAAAAAAGAUCAUAUACCCUGAAUUACCUGUUCGGUCCCAAGUGUUGUUUUUUGUCCGUCAAACAUCUGUGAAACAGAAAGAGAAAAUACUGGAUGUCCAUUUGCUUCCAAGGAAUGUCCCAGUGUCAGAGGUAAAAAUCCAACACAAGGAGAAUCGUCACAUUCAGACCAGUUCAAAAUGUCGUCUGACUCCAGGUAGAGAGUACAGUCUGUGUUGUCUACCAGAGGGACUUAAAGUACAACCAGAGAAUGAAUUGUUUGAGUUUGAUUUUGACCCAAACUUUCAUCCCACAUUUGAAGUGAUUCUGGAUGUAAACAUUGAGGAGAUAAAGCUCAGUCUGUUGGAUAAAACCGAUGAAGAGAAAAUAGUUUGGACACCACGCCAAAUCUUUUUUACAGAAUCAGGUUCCAGUACUGACUCUACUGCUAUCAUAAAGGACACGGAAUCUGAAUUUGUGGACAACAAUAGAGAUGAACUCAUUCAGAGAGUCACGUCUGUGAUGGAGAUAGCUGACUGUCUGAGGUCAAAAAAGAUGAUUACAGAUGAAAUGUGGAGUGAAGUUCAUGCUGAGAAUACCCACAGAAAACAGAUGAGAAUCUUGUACAUGGUGCUGAUCUCAGGAGGUUCUGUUGUAAAAGCAGAAUUUUACAAACUACUGAAGGAGAAGGAACCUCAUCUAGUAGAGAGCUUAGAGUCGUCAUCAUCCACUAGUCCUCAGUAAUACAGACAGAGACAUGUGGAUGAUCCAAUGUUGUUACGAGUAUGUUUUGAUAUUGCCACAGUGUUUAUAUUUGAUAAACUGCUUUCAAGGUGACAUAAAAAUGUGUUACCUCGAAUUAUACUUUCAUUAAAAAUUAUGUCAUUUACAACAUGUA